UGAUUGUUUGUUUAUGAACUCUGGGUUAAUUCGAGGAUAAAAAUAACUCCUGUGUAAACAAACAAAUGGUUGACGAUAAAAAUGUACGCGACUUGAAGGAGAAGUCACACGAGAUCGAAGUGAUCCAUCACAAAUGACAGAAAAUAACAUCAGCAGUAAUGAAGUUCAAUUGGACAGAGAAUCUGCAGAGUUCAAGGACUUCGGAAGAUUCAAAAUUGAAAAUAAAACAUAUGGGGCCCAAUAUCGUAACAUUUACACAGCUAGACUGAAAAAAUUGCAGUCAAUAUUGAAGGAGAGGGUGAAAUUAAAAUGGGGGAAUCACAAAAUCCUCCAGCUGACGAAUCUCUCAGACAUCACAGAAACCGACGAUGCCGUCAUCCUCAUAGGUACAUUAUACAAGCACCAGGAGUUCAAGCCGUCGAUCCUCAAAGAAAUGAGUGAAGAGCUCCAAUUGGUUCCUCAACCGACUAGAUCGAACUACAGCUCCAUCAAGGAUCAAUUAUUCCUGGAGGACGAGACACUGCGAGUGAGACUGGUUGGUGAUCAUAUGGAUGUAGGUGAAAUUGUCACAGGUCUUGUCUGCGCCGUCCUGGGGCGUGAGCUGGAGAACGGCUGCUUCUGGGUGCAGGACUUCUGCUUCCCUGGGAUGUGCCCCAGGGUGUCAACAUCGAGAUCGUUGUCCAGCCAUCCGGGAAGAGUUCUGCUGAUUUCAGGACUGGACAUGGCAAACACUCCGGAUUCCCUGGAGCUGGAGCUGCUGACGGAGUGGAUCACUGGAAUGGCUGGGAAUCCUCAAGCCCAGAGGAGUUCAGCCACUGUUUGUCUCGUCAUAAUCGCCGGAAAUAGUGUCAGAGGGUCUGUCGAGACUUACCCACAUAGGGGAUACUCUGGGGCAAGAAACCAGAGGACAACAGCUGCUGUGGAGACCAUCCUGGCGACUCACAGAUUCGAUAAAUUUCUCAGACAAAUUGUGGAAAAUUGUCGAGUGCUGCUGAUGCCUGGGGAGUUCGAUCCCUCGAAUCAUUCGAUACCUCAGCAGAGUUUACAUCAUUGUAUUCUGCCUGAGUCCUCAAGAUUAAAAACUCUUCACUGUGGCACAAAUCCUUGGAUCGGAAAACUAGGUGAUAGAAUCGUCGCUGGAUCGAGUGGACAGCCUGUCGAUGAUAUAAAAAGGGUGACAGGUCUCAUGAAUUUUUCACCGCUCGACUGCCUGGAGAAAACUUUAACAUGGAGACAUUUUUCUCCCACUGCUCCAGAUACCCUACCAGCAUAUCCGUACUUUGAUACCGAUCCAUUCAUUAUGGAAGAGUCUCCCGAUAUUUAUUUUGUUGGGAACAUGAAAGAAUACUCCACAAAACUUUUAAUUGGAGAGGAAGGACAAUCCGUCAGACUCAUCAGCAUCCCGAAAUUCUCGAAGACUUCCACAGGAGUAAUCGUCGACCUUGACACCUUGGAGACUGAACAAAUAUUCUUCGGUAAUGAGCGAGAAUAAAUGCACAGCCGGAGUUGAAUGCGUGAGUUCAAUGUUGGCUACAGGUGGGCGUAUGACGUAAUUCGCCCACGCGGAGACCCUUCCAUUAUCGUUGGCCACCAACCGUGUGCCGCUGCACCAGGGGGUGUCACCAGAGAUGGUGAUAAAAAGAGAGAAAAAAAAAAGAUGCAGGGGAUGAGAACAAAAAAAAAGCCGGACGAGAGGAGAAAUGACUAGAGCAUGUGCUCUGGUUUUUAAUGGCCAACAACGAAACAAGAAACGAAUUCUCUGUCACUUCAUCUCCAGUCAUGAUUCCCCAGAUGUAAAGUAAGGAUCAGAUAAUUUCAAUGACAAUAACUGGAUUUUAAUACAAAAGAAAUGGGAAUUUUUAUUC